GGCGCACAGGUAAUGUCGGGGUGGGGGUGGGUCGCGACGGGGUUCUGGGCAACCUGGGAGCUGCCAUUGGGAUUGGUCCGCUCCACUCACUGCCAGCAUUAAGUGGGGGUGCCCAAGACGGGGUGGGGGGCGCCUUCCAGACCUCUGACCCCGGCCCCACCGUCACUCGUCCCAACUGUGAAGAGCGCUCCCAGGAGCACGCCAGGACGCGACCUUUCCUUCCCCUACAAAGCAGUAAAGGCCGCUGCCCUCUUCAAGAUGAAAUGUGUGGACCCCUCCAGCCCAGUUGAAAUUUCCCGUGAAAGUCUCUCGCCCCUUCCCCACGGCUCCACUUCAGUGGACUGGAGGGCGCAGGCCUUUGUUCUGCCUGCUUGUGUCUGCCGGCCUCCCCCUCGACGACACCCACAUGCCUCUGGUGCACAUGGCUUCCUCCCCGGCGGUGGACGUGUCCUGCAGGCGGCGGGAGAAGCGGCGGCAGCUGGACGCGCGCCGCAGCAAGUGCCGCAUCCGCCUGGGCGGCCACAUGGAGCAGUGGUGCCUCCUCAAGGAGCGGCUGGGCUUCUCCCUGCACUCGCAGCUCGCCAAGUUCCUGUUGGACCGGUACACUUCUUCAGGCUGUGUCCUCUGUGCAGGUCCUGAGCCUUUGCCUCCAAAACGUCUGCAGUAUCUGGUGCUCUUGUCUCAUGCUCACAGCCGAGAGUGCAGCCUGGUGCCCGGCCUUCGGGGGCCUGGCGGCCAAGAUGGGGGGCUUGUGUGGGAGUGCUCAGCAGGCCAUACCUUCUCCUGGGGACCCUCUUUGAGCCCCACACCUUCAGAGGCACCCAAGCCAGCCUCCCUUCCACAUACUACCCGGAGAAGUUGGUGUUCUGAGGCCACGAGUGGGCAGGAGCUUGCAGAUUUGGAAUCUGAGCAUGAUGAGAGGACUCAAGAGGCCAGGUUGCCCAGGAGGGUGGGACCCCCACCAGAGACCUUCCCACCUCCAGGAGAGGAAGAGGGUGAGGAAGAAGAGGACGAUGAUGAGGAUGAAGAGGAGAUGCUCAGUGAUGCCAGCUUAUGGACCUACAGCUCCUCCCCAGAUGAUAGUGAGCCUGAUGCCCCCAGACUACUCCCUUCCCCUGUCACCUGCACGCCUAAAGAGGGGGAGACACCACCAGCCCCUGCAGCACUCUCCACUCCUCUUGCUGUGCCGUCCUUGUCAGCAUCCUCACUGGGUUCCAGAGCUCCUCCACUUGCAGAAGUCGGGGUGCAGCCGGAGCUCAGCAGGACCCCUCAAGCAGCCCAGCAGACUGAGGCCCUGGCCAGCACUGGGAGUCAGGCCCAGUCUGCUCCAACCCCGGCCUGGGAUGAGGACACUGCACAGAUUGGCCCCAAGAGAAUUAGGAAAGCUGCCAAAAGAGAGCUGAUGCCUUGUGACUUCCCUGGCUGUGGAAGGAUCUUUUCCAACCGGCAGUAUUUGAAUCACCACAAAAAGUACCAGCACAUCCACCAGAAGUCUUUCUCCUGCCCAGAGCCAGCCUGUGGGAAGUCCUUCAACUUUAAGAAACACCUGAAGGAGCACAUGAAGCUGCACAGUGACACCCGGGACUACAUCUGUGAGUUCUGCGCCCGGUCUUUCCGCACUAGCAGCAACCUUGUCAUCCACCGACGUAUCCACACUGGAGAAAAACCCCUGCAGUGUGAGAUAUGUGGGUUUACCUGCCGCCAGAAGGCCUCCCUGAACUGGCACCAGCGCAAGCAUGCAGAGACGGUGGCUGCCUUGCGCUUCCCCUGUGAAUUCUGCGGCAAGCGCUUUGAGAAGCCAGACAGUGUUGCAGCCCACCGUAGCAAAAGUCACCCAGUCCUUCUCCUGGCCCCUCAAGAGUCACCCAGUGGUUCCCUAGAGCCCUGUCCCAGCAUCUCUGCCCCUGGGCCUCUGGAAUCCAGCGAGGGGUCCAGGCCCUCUGCAUCUCCUCAGGCUCCAAUCCUGCUUCCUCAGCAAUGAGCUCUCCAGCUUUGGCUUUGGGGAGCCAGACUCCAGGGACUGAAAAGGAGCAAUGAGGAGAGGGUCUGCUUGAGAAACACCAGAUGCUUGGUCCCCAGGAACUAAGGCGACAGAGUGUAGGGUGGGGACAAGACUGGGCUGUAGGGGAGCUGGACUACUUUAGUCUUCCUAAAGGACAAAAUAAACAGAGUAUUUUAUGCAGGCA